CUUUGACCCCAAUGUAGCCAAACAGGAAGAGGACAAACAUGGAGGUGGAUUUCGGCGACAGUGAGCUGUUCGAGCAGUUUGAGGAGGAAACUCAGCGGGCGAAACACACCAGGUUUCCCGAAGAUGAUGAAGAAGACGAAUCGGCGGAGCUCCGGGAGAAGAUGGAGGAGUGUGAGGAGACCAUCGCAAAGCUGAAAGCCGAGAAUGAGGAACUGAAGAGAAAGUUACAGUUUUCCAGUCGUCCAAAAGGCCUCAGCGUCGUCAAUCCAAAAGUGGACGGACCCCUCUGUCAGAUUCUCUUCGGAAACAACGUCAUCUCAAAACAGUGCCGGCAAGACAUCGAAGACCACAUCUUCAGUCUGAUCCAGCAACACCAGCAGAAUAAUGACCAGCAAGCGUCUGCUCUCCAUCCUCAACCACAGAAUUCAAGUUUUUUCAUGGAGGAAAACCAGGAAGCGAACGGCGCCUCAACAGCGAAACAUGUUCAAGACGCGUUUUGUGUGGUGGGCAGCGUGUUGUACUUCACCACCUUCUGCCUGGACAAACUCGGGCAGCCGCUUCUGAACGAAAAUCCGCAGCAGACGGACGGAUGGGAGGUUCCCAAGUAUCAGCAGGUGUUUGCUCAGAUCAUUACUUUGGAAGGACAGGAAAUGCAGGUCAAGGAGAAGAGACCCAAACCCUGCUGCUUUAACUGCGGUGUCGAAGGCCACCAACUCCGAGACUGUCCCAAGCCUAAAGACAUGGCACGAAUCAACGCCAAGAGAAAAGAGUUUGCCCAAACCAACCACGGCAACACUACGAAUAGCCAGCGGUACCACGUCGAGGAGGUGGAGGAGCGCUUCUCCAAGUACAAGCCGGGUGUCGUGAGUAAGGAGCUUCUGGAUGCCCUCGGCAUCGCUACUAACAUGCUUCCGCCGUUUAUUUAUCGCAUGAGGGAGCUCGGCUACCCACCUGGCUGGUUAAAAGAAGCCGAGACUGAAAACUCAGGCCUGAUGCUCUACGAUGGUAAAACAUCUGGAGACGAAGAUUCGAACGGCACGAGCCAGAACGUAUGCUAUGAUGUCUCAAAGCUCGUGGAUUUCCCCGGGUUUAACGUGGCGCCGCCCCCCAAUGUCCGAGAUGAUUACCGGUCAUUUGGUUCCAUCCCAAUGCAGCCUCAACACUGGAAGCCGACGUUUGCUGACCAGUUGUCAAAUAUGUAUCCAUCGCCCGAUUCCAAAUGUAUGAAAAGGUGCCACGAUCCUGAUUUAACGCCACCGCAAACUAAGAAGCGGCGCUCCCAUUCGGACGUGUGCGGAAGCUCGGAUAUGGACACGGACUCGGAUUAUGAAACUCCUAAACGAGACCGGUUUGACGAUUUCCAGUUUCAGCCUCCGCUCCCUCCUGGCUCGCCACUCGUGAGCACUCCUCCACCAUUACCCCUGGGAACACCUCCGGUCACGCCCACCCCUCCACCACUCCCUAAAGGCACGCCCCCUCCGACUCCACCCACGAACGCGGGUUCUCCGGUUCUGUCGGGUCGAAGCGGAGCGGCCGGGGAGGAGUCCGAGGACGGGCUGACAUUAGAGGAGCUGGAGGAGCAGCAGCGGUUGCUAUGGGCGGCGCUUGAGAACGCUGAUACCGGCACCAGCGACUCGGACACUGGGGCUGCGGGGACGCCUGGAAUGAGCUCGCCCCCCUCUGCGUCUCCACCAGCUGAGGCUGAUCCUGAGGUACAGAAGGAGGUUGAAGAAUCCGAGUCAAAGGAAGAGGAGGGUGAACUUUCAAGCACCCCUGGUUCACCUGCUGAAGAAGGAGUGAGCGGGGAGGACGAAGACAAGAGCAGCGCCGGUCCAGGAACCGAGUCUUUAAAUGAAGAUCCAGGUGCAGAGUCUCCUGACGAGUUGAUCGUUCUGGAUGAAGUUACUCAGAGUAAUGAUUCCGACCCUGAAAAGAACCAAACGAAUGAAGGUCCUGAAGAAACGGGGAUCGACGCGCAAGCUGCUGAAGAUAUCGAAGAACCCGUCGUAAAGAAAAUAGCUGGCGUUCCACACCGAAGCAAUUUCGCAGAAGGGAUCAUUCCUUUCGAAGACACGCCGGAGUUUACGGAGGUCGCCGAGGCAACGGGGGUUUAUUUAAGGAUACGGGACUUGCUCAAGGAGUCCCCACGAAAUCAGGCAAAAAACAGGAAGCUAAGCUCCUGAGUUUGUAUGUGGAUCGUGUUCGGGUCGGUGGGUGGGGAAUUGUUAAUACUGAACUAAUACGUGUUUUAUUACGUAAAUACUGAACCUUUUUGUUGUUGUUGAGAUUUUCAUGAUUCCAGGGCGGAAUUUCGUCGUCAUAAGUCCAGUUUGAUGUCCGAAUAUCUCCUGUCUUUGUUUAGAGAUUUUUACAAAAUACACUUUUUUUCACAAAAUACCCCCCCCCCCCCCCCACUGAGAGUUGAAAUCUAAAAUAGUUAAUUUCCUCUUUUAAAUUCCCACAGACUUUUGUAUGCGACUGUUUUGACUCAAGUUUUAUAGAUAUGUACAGUUUUAUAAACACAAUCUCUCUCUGUUUCGACCCAGUCCUCUGAAGGAACUUCACUUUACAAUGGUUUCUUUACAUCCAUUUCUUUUUUUUUGGACCCCACCGUAGGGUUUCUUUCACGCUGGCCAUCGUUACUGGUGUACAUUUGUAAACUGGUAUAAAUUGAUUAUUUUUAACACUAAAUUAUUUUUAGAGCUGCGUUUUUUUUACCGGGUUUGUCCUGAACCGAUUUUAUUCCAAAAGAAAAAAGUUUGAUGGCCAGCUGUUUAUGGGAUCAUGAAAAUAAAAUGUUCUCUUUUUUGACUUUUA